AUGAAUUAAAUUUAAUCUGAAAACAAAUAUGAAUCUAUUGUACUUGAGGAGGAGAUAGAAAACUAUGAACCUACUGAAGAAGAAAUAUUUGAAUAUGCCUCCUACCUAGGAAUGGAUCUUGAAAAUGAAAAAGAAUUACUUUGGAUCGCGCGAAAUGGAUUAAAAGCUCCUUUACCUUAAGGUUGGAAACCCUGCCAAACUUAAGAUGAGGAAAUUUACUAUUUCAAUUUUGAUACUGGUGAAAGUAGAUGGGAUCAUCCUUGCGAUGAAUAAUUUAGAAAAUUAUAUUUAGAAGAGAAAAAUAAAUUAUAUCAAAAAAGGGCUUAGACUACCUUUUAAUUAAAAGAUAUUGCAGCUGAACCAAUUACAGAGGAUGAUUUUGAAGAUGAAUUAGAAACAUGCGAAAGGAAGAAAGAUUACAGAAAGAGCUCUAGAGGAAUAAAUGGUACUCAAAGAAGCUCAAACGAAGGGGAAAAGGUCAAUAAAGAAUAGAUGAAAAAAUAAAAUGAAUAGGGUUAAAAUAACAGCUAACUUAUUGACAAUAAAAGUUAAAAAGAAAAUAAUUUGAAUAGCAGAAAUGAACAAUUUUUUUAGAGUGAUAAAAAAAAUCAAAAAAACCAAAAUAAUAUUCUAAAUGAAAGCAAACUUCACUUAACAAAAUCACCAGCUAAUUUGACUUCAUCUCUUUAUGCUUCGACUAUUGAAGAUCCUAGCUAGAUAUUUAGUAACAACUAGAGUAUUAAAUAAAAGAUAAAUAACUAAAAUGGAUAAAAAUAUUUUAAUAGUGUGAAAAAGCAAUUAGAAGAUGUGAAUGAAUCUAAAAGCAUUUUAUUUUAAAAUUAAGAUCUUGCAUAGGAGGAUUCAUAUAUAUAGUAAAAAUAGUUGUAGAUUGACUAAGAAAACAAGUUAAAAAUAAAUGAAAUUUAACAAUAAUUAGAAAAUGAUUUUGCUUAGUUUUAAAAAGAUCUUGAAAGAAAUUUUGAAUCAUAAAAACAAGAAAUUAUUAAAGUUUAUAGUGAUAGAAUAGCUGAUAAUAAGAUUAAAUAAGAUUAUUAAAAAUAAACUCAAAAAAAUAAGAUUAUUUAGGAGCUUGAGUAAUUCAAACACACAGAGAUUUUAAACUAACAAUAAUAGCUUUAAAAUAAUCUCUUACAUGUUAGAAAAAACUAUGAAGAAAACACAAAAAUAUUUGAAGAAGAAAUAGAGUAACUAUGUGUCUCUAAAUUAGAACAGCUUGAAUCUGAAAUCAAAGACUUAAAAUAGAUAAAAGAGGAUUAAGAAAAGGGGAUAUAAAAUAUUGAGAAAGAUCACUAGGAGAUAUUGAAAUAAUUGUCUGAGGAUUUUGAAAAGUAGAAAAUAGAGGUAAAUUAAAAGGUUGAAGACCAAAUAAAAAAAGCAAUAGAAAAGGAAUAAAAAAACUUCGAAAAAGACUUAGAAAGCUUUUAACUAAUAUGGGAACAAUAAUUCUAAAUAUAAGAAAUGUCACCUAUAGAAGAAGAAGCAUAUAGAUAAACAACUAAGAUUGAAUUUGAAAAAAAAUACAAAGAGUUUUAGAUUGAUCUUUUAAGAGAGCAAGAAAAUAAAAGGCAUCUUGUAUUUGAUAGAAUCAGGAAAGAAGAAAUAAUUAAUUUUGAGAAAAAUAAAAUGAAGAAAAAAAAUGAGUACGAGAUUAUUUUAGAAGAAAAAAGACUAGAAAUCUAGAAGCUUUUAGCCUCUUAAGAAAAUUUGUUUGAAAAAGAAGUUAGACAAUUAGAAAACAAAUAAAAGGAAAAGUUUGAAGAGUUUAGCAAUGUUCAAGUAAAAUAACUAGAAAAUCAAAUUUUAAACUUAGAGUAACAAAAAUAGUAACUUAUUGAACAAAUUUAAAAAGAAGAACCUGUUUUGACAGAUAUUUAAAACCUUGAUAUCUAACUUCAUUAGAUUAUUAAUAGCUUUUAAAACUCUAUUGAUGAGUUAAAUGAUAGGAAAAAUAAAUUGUAAGAAGAAAUAAUUAAGUAAAAUAAGACUUUUGAGGAUAUAUAAAAGUAAAAGUAAGAAUAGGAAUCUGUUUUAAAUGAAAUCAAUCUAUAAAUUUUGAAUUAAGAAAAUAUCAAUUAGCAAUUAGCUUUCUAAAUGAAUUUAUAAUAAAAGAAUUUAGAAGAUGAAAAAAAGGCAGAAGUGAAAUUGAGAUAAACUUUAGAGUAGUUUAGGUCAAAUAAUUAUUUUAGCUAAUAAAACAACUUAAAUUUAUUUGCAGAUGAGUAAAAUAGCUUUGGUUAUAAAAUCGAUGAGUCGAGUAUAAUUAAUAAUGAGGAUUUAUAAAAUAACACUGAAAUAGAUAGACUUCAAAAAGAAGUAGAAUAAUUAAAAAGCUUGAUUCAAAAAGAGGACAAUCCCUACAGAUCUGACUAAAAUUACUAUUCUAACAAAGAAAAUAAUGCUAUUGAUAACAUUUCUAAUUAAUAAGAAGCAAUUAGAAAAAGAAUGGAAAAGAGAAAUUAUCAUUAAAUUGAGAAUUAAAAUAUCAAUUAUGCAAACUAAUAUAAAACUAUUUAAAAUGAUAAAGAAUACUAUGAAUUAAUUUAAAAGAGAGAUUAACUUUUAAGGGACAGAAAGUAAUUUUUAUUUAUGCAGCAGUAAAAUCUGAAUUCGGGAUAAAUUCAAAACGAUCCUCUAACUAAAAAUAUCCUAAAUAUGAUGGAUUAGAAAAUAUAAAAAAUUAAUUUAAAAAUUAAACAGUAUGAAUAAGAAUUAAAAUAUAAUUAAAGAAAUAUUCAAAAAAUAAAAGGAACACAAUAUUCUUCAAAGAAGAAUUAUCACAAGCUCUCAAAUUAAGAAGAUUUAGAAGAGUAACAAAUAAACAUGGAAGGAUUUUCAAGGAUAAUGUGA